AUGGGUGAAGGCCCUAUGCUUCGCAUGCUUGAGCUCGGCGCCUGUCGCGAGUAUUAUGCACUUCAUGACCCCGACUCGAUUGACAGUCAUGGCAACGUCCCGGAACGUCUCUGCAAAUUAUCCGUCAUCCAGAGUAGGGUGGCCAGGGUGCGAAGCCUCCUGGCCUUCCUCGAGGCAGUGCCCGGUUUGCUGCUAGCCGUGCCGUACGGCAUUGUGGCAGAUACGCACGGGCGAGGUCUGGUGGUUGGCUUGUGCCUCGCCGGCUUUCUGAUCAGGGACACAUGGGUCUUUAUCUGCCUCUACUUUUACAAAGUGUUUCCUUUGAACGCCGUGUAUUUGGCGCCAAUGACUGCUAUCCUUGGUGGCGGGUCAACUGUCACCGGCCCUAUGCUCUUCGCCAUGAUAGCUGCGUCAACAGCCAGAGAAUCAAGAGCACAUGCCUUUUUCAUGAUACAGGUAUGUCUGCUUGCACUCGAGUCUAUAUCACCGCCGCUCGGGUCGCUCCUCAUGGAAACCGUUGGACCGUAUUAUGCUUGGCUUGCGGGUAUUCCAUUGGGUCUUUUGGGCUUUGCCUGCCUAUCAUUCUUACCGCGUAACAAAAUUUCUGCAAUCACAGAAUGUGAGCCAUGCGCGCCAGAAGAUGCGGAGCACUCGGCGUCGUCGACGACUAUGUAUGACCGCUCAAAAGAGAGAGUCACUGCGCUCGCGUAUCACUUGAGACAUGACAUACCCAGGCUAUUUCAUAGCAAAUCCCUCUUUGUUGGUUUGCUGGCAAUGUUCACCGCCAAAAUGGCUCGGCCUAUCAAGGACCUAUUGUCACAGUUUAUGACGGCAAAGUUCGAGUGGCCAAUUAGCCAAGCUAACUUGCUCAUAUCCGUUCACGCCGCAGCUCAAUUACCGUGGUUUAUUGCUGUUCUUCCGACUGCCAAUGCCUGGUUGCUUCGUUGGCAGGGAGACGCCGUCAAAGCAAACCAUGUCCUCGCGACUGUGUUGGUGCUCCUUUUACUGCUCGGAUUGGCCCAUGAGCAGUGCUGA